AUGCCUACUAAGCAAGACAUCCAACAAUACAGAGGAGCAAUAAUAGCCGAGCAACAGCUAUUUAAUGAUGAUCGUUUGACCAUCCUGUACCAGUCCAAAUUUAUCAAGGUGUAUUCAGAAUCCACAGCCAGGAGACCAGAUGAUAUAUAUGAAUACAGGAUCAGCACUUCAGGAGCAAAAGUUUUUGAUAAAAUCUACAACCAGAUAGCAGAACAGAUUACACCGUGCGGCCGGGCUCAGACCGGUGCAAAUGAGUUUGUGGAUAGGGAUUCACAUUGUGGUUGGCUUAAAGGCCAGGCUCAGCUGCUUGAUCAUGUUAGCCUUGCACAAGAAGAAAGUAGAUUCUUGGUGUCAAACAAGUGUGGGCUUCCAAAUGGGUCUGAAAGAUUUCUCAACAAGGGUUAUGAAGAAAUUCAUGUGCCGAGAUUGAAGCUUCCACCAUUCGAUUAUCAUGAGAAGCUUGUGGAAAUAUCUUCCUUGCCAGAGUGGUCUCAACCGGCUUUCAAAGGAAUGACCCAGUUGAACAGGGUACAAAACAAAGUCUAUGAGACUGCACUUUUUGAAGCUGACAUUAUCCUAUUAUGUGCCCCGACUGGGGCAGGGAAAACUAACGUUGCAGUGCUCACUAUACUUCAUCAAAUUCGGCUGAACAUGAAUAAGGAGGAUGGUUCAAUAAACCACAGUGAUUAUAAAAUAGUAUACAUUGCACUAAUGAAAACUCUUGUUGCUGAAGUGGUUGGCAAUUUGUCUAAUCGUUUGCAGGAUUAUGGUGUCACAGUGAGAGAGCUAAGUGGAGAUCGUACUUAUAUCCAACUUGUGAAGCUUGUAAUCAUUGAUGAAAUUCAUCUUCUUCAUGACAAUAGAGGUCCUGUUCUUGAAAGUAUUGUUGCUAGAACUGUUAGGCAGAUUGAGACAACGAAAGAGCAUAUCCGGUUGGUGGGGUUAUCUGCUACAUUACCUAACCAUGAAGAUGUAUCGAAGUUCUUGUGCGUUACGAAGGGGCUGUUUCAUUUUGACAAUAGUUACAGACCUGUCCCUCUUUCUCAGCAUUAUAUCGGAAUCACAGUAAGGAAGCCAUUGCAGAGGUUACAGUUGAUGAAUGAUAUCCGCUAUGAAAAGGUGAUUGCUAGAGCCGGAAAGCAUCAAAUUCUUAUCUUUGUGCACUCGAGGAGAGAAAGCUUGUGCUAUAUAGAUACCGCACUUGAUAAUGACACUCUUGGUAGGGCUGACCGGCAACUGGUUGAGGAUCUCUUCGCUGAUGGGCAUAUGUUGGGUCGUGCAGGAAGACCUCAGUAUGACUCUGAUGGAGAAGGGAUAAUCAUUACUGGCCACAACGAACUACGAUACUAUCUUUCUUUGAUGAACCAACAACUUCCUAUUGAAAGUCAAUUUGUGUCCAAAUUGGCUGAUCAACUGAAUGCAGAAAUCGUUCUUGGAACUGUUCAGAAUGCUAGAGAAGCAUCUAAUUGGUUAACAUACACUUACCUUUAUGUUCGCAUGUUGAAAGAACCUGCCCUGUAUGGUUUGGAAGCUGACGUUCUCACAAGAGAUAGUAAGUCGGAGGAGAGGCGAGCUGAUUUAAUCCAUUCCGCUGCAACCAUCUUGGACAAAAAUGGCUUGAUUAAGUAUGAGAGAAAAAGUGGAUACUUCCAGGUUACAGGGUCGGAUUGCUAG